UGGUACAGCCGCUGCUCGCGUUUUCAAUAUGUGAGGAAGCUAGCUCAACACUUUUGUUGCGUACAGAGCCUAUUUCCGUAUGCUGGUGUGAAGGCCAAGGUCGAAAGGAGGUUCUUUUAGUCAUGGUCUAUGGGGAAAGUCAAUGAGUAUGAAAAGGGUGCUAUGCUCGGCGUUUGGUGCGCUUUGUACUAUACAGGGCGGAAGGGAAACCAAAAUCGAAAACAGAAAUCAGAGUACAAAAAAGAAAAUGCUCGGUAGUCUCAAAGGACUAACAAUGAGAAUACAAAUUAUUGACGAGAUUGUUCAAGAAUGCAACACAGAAAUGUUGAUGUGGGUGUACAAAAGUGUCCACUUUGCUUUUGCAGACGUUUUAUUUUUUUGGGAUUGGGAGGAAAUUUUACUGUGUUGCCUUGCCUUGGCGGGGCUGAAACCCGCUAUCACACAAACUUGACGUAUCUUAACAGCGAGUGUCAAUUGUAGCCUUUCAUACUGAAGCCUCUAGUGACAACGAGGAAAACAGUAGAAGAAUGAAAUAUGAAGCGGCUUUCAAGCCAGCCAUUUCA